CUUCGACCGAGUAGUGUGUAUUCAAGAUGUUGUCAGAGGUCGAUGUGUUUAUAAGUAAUUACACGCUCGUCGAUUCUGAGAUAUAUCAACUUUGGGUCGACGGUCAUUCUUCGAGCGAUGCGGUCAACAUUUUGCAUCAGAGGGGUAUAUGUCAUCAAACAAAUGCUCCGAUUGAAUUAGUCGCUUCGGAUAUUCUCGAUCACUAUCGAACUUACGCCCUUUUGGAAAAACUACUUCAUACUCCUACCAAAUUAGCGAGCGAACAGCUUGCGUUCCAAAUAGAACCCCAAACUAGUCAGAUGCUUAUCGAAAUGUACUACGAGUUCGACGACAUUGUUAUCAGAGAACUGUUAGGUAAGAAAUUAACCUCGAAAAGUAGAAAAGAUAUGGAUGAAGUGUCGGAAAAGACUGGUAUCACAUUAAAGAGCUGUCGCCGACAGUACGACAACGUGAAAAGAGUAUUUAAGAUUGUUGAAGAUUUGCCAGGUUCCUUGACAACCAAUAUCGAGCAACACUUCUUACUUUCCGAAGAUCUUGCCAAGCGAUACGCGGCAGUGGUGUUCAUAUCAUGUCUUCGAUUUGAGACAAACAAAAGAAAACUACACUUCCUAACGUUCCCAGAUUUAUACCAUUGCGCCAACAGUAUGAUGUCUCUAUGGACAUAUCGUUGCGUUGGUUCUGAAUACUUUGAUACAGACUUAGACAGAGAGUUUUUAUUAGAGCUGGCAGAGUGUAGAGUACUUUUAGAAAAUGAUAAACAUCACAAACAUCUAGUAUGCAUCAAACUUAAACCUAUGCUUCUGGAACGUUCCUAUCAAGAAGUAGACACCAAUUUUCGUUCAUAUUCCAGAGCGAUAUUAGGAAUUGGAUGUAAUCUUCAUCGUUCCAGAGAUCUAAGGUUCUUUUUUUUAGAAUUAGUAGAAAGGUGCAUAGAACCAUGGCGCCAAGUCAAUUGGAGUCACACGGAUCUCAGAAACUUUUUAACAGUUUAUGCUCAGUGCGCGUUAGACAUGGAUGUACUCAGAGACAGCGAAUUAAGGGAUGCUUUCGACCGCUACAUGACUGUCGUGACAUGUUGUUUAUUACGUAUGUAUCAUACGUGACUAUUGGUGCA